AUGUCAUCUGUCCUGUCCCGUCGUCCCCGAUCAGGGCCGAUCCUGCGCGUACGCACCGGGUGCCUCACCUGCCGCACUCGCAAGAAGAAGUGCGAUGAGAGGAAACCCUGCUGCCGUGGCUGUGAACGCAACAACCUUGAGUGCCGAUGGGCGCCAUCUAGUCACCCGCUGCAGAGACAUGCCCGGACAACGCGGAGACAAGGCUCUGGAUUGUGUGACCUCCCACCAACCACAUCCUCUGCAUAUGCCUACAUCGCACCUGCUGGCGGCAAUCCACUUCCCGACAUCGCAAACCCAUCACAGGGCUCGUCAAAUGCCUCUAUUCACGACGUCCAUUCGCCGCAGCAGAGCGGCUCUGAGCUCUCGUCAGGAUCAUCAACAUCGCCCUCGAGCUCUUCAACGACGUCACUAGGCAAUCGCACCACUGUAUUGCGCCCUGAUCCCAUCAUUGACACUUCCGAUCCUACAAUCGGAAUCACAUCCGAGUUUAAUGAACUCGUAGAUCCUGUCACAUCCACAGCCCUUCCCGAUACUUUCGAUCUCGGGUCAAGCCAAGAACUUGCGCUUGGUACACUUCAAGCGCCCUUGGGACUAUUCUUCAACUUGAACCCAAAAGUCCACCGGAACCUCAACCUUCUUCCCGGAAGUCACGGAAGUGACUCGUUCGAACUGCUCAGCCAUUACAUGGCUGUGACGACCAUGAGCAUGGCGAACGGCUCCACGGAGGAGAACCCAUUCCUUGUUCAAUUGGUGCCAUUAGCCUUUGGCCACGAUCUCAUCCUGCAGCUCAUCCUGACGCAAAGUGCCGUCCAUAGAGCAACCCGGUCUACAAACAGUACUGAUCAACUGGCUGGUCAAUACUAUUCCAACUCUCUUCAGUUGUUCCAACAGAAUAUCACCAAAUACAUUGGAGGUCAAACCUUCGAGGAGACAUUGGUGUUAGGAGUCGCAGCACUGAUCAUGUGUUUCGUAGAGACAGCGAAAGGAGAUGUCAACGGGACAGUCUUCGAUCACCUCAUGGCAGCCCAAUCACUUUUGCGACCGUGUCUAACAGCAACCAGCUCAUUGCCUCUCCGGCUGAGGAAUUUCUUGACUGAGUACUAUGUGUACACAGCCACGCUGAGCAUGAUUUCCAUUGACCCUAGCGUCAGCCCGCAGCUCUUUCUGACCGACGAGCUCCGUGACCUGGCCAAUGAGCUGGUGGCGACGGGCUACAUCGGCAAUAUGUGCGGCUGCUGGCUGGAGCUGAUCCUCUUGAUACCAUCCAUAUUUGACCUUUGCCGCCAGCUGACGCCUGUCGACGACCAGCAGCCGACCACUCCUACGGCAGACCAUUUCGUCACGUUUGCUCAGCUUCAUAGCAGUAUUCUCAAUUGGACUCCUGGCCUGCCACUCGACCAAGAGGUGUUCCUAGCUGGCCGAGCAUUCCAGCAAGCCAUACUGCUGUAUCUGCACACAGCACUCGGUGCAUUCUCUAAACAACAAGACGGACAGCAGUCAGCAAGCAUACAAUCGGCCAUAACAGAAGCUUUGUCCGUUCUUGCACAGCUGGACUCUACCUCGAGGAUAAACACCAGCUUGUGCUGGCCCAUCGCUGUUGUUGGCUCAUGCCUGACCGAUGCAGGGCAAAAAGCAUUCCUGACAGGCCGUCUAGAGCAGAUGUUCACUUCCAUCGGGCUGGGGAACAUCCGGCAGACUUCCAACUUGCUGGAGCGUAUGUGGGCGACUUCUGUUACUGGCGAUGGCCCUGAGGCCGGUCCAUGGAGCAUUUGUCGCGUCAUGCACGAAAAUCAGAUAUGGAUCUCGUUCGCAUGA